AUGGAAACCAGUAGUACUGCAACCGGAGGUUCUUUUGAAAAUUCUAUUGAUCUUGAUGAUCCUUGGACGCAUCACAAACUUGCCCUCAAGCACUGGGAACGCUUCGAGCAGUCAGGGGAACAGGGGGAACUCGAAAUAUCCAUUACGCACGAUCGCACUGCUCUGAAGUUACGCCCUGAAGGGCAUCUCGAUCGUUCGAAAUCGUUGUAUAAUCUUGCGCUUUCUCUUUCAGCGCGAUACGAGCGGUGGGGUCAAUCGGGAGAUUUAGAGGAAGCCAUUGAGUUGAACCGAGCCGCCCUUGAACUUCUACCCGAAGGCCAUCCUGAUCGCUCUACGUCUCUCAACAACCUUGCAGGCUCUCUGAGCUCACGUUACAAGCGGCAUGGAAGGACAGAGGACCUCGAGGAGGCCAUUCAGCUGGAACGGGCCGCCCUCGAGCUCCGACCCGAAGGCAAUCCAGAACGCUCUACGAAUCUCAACAACGUUGCAUGUUGUCUGUUUACUCGAUACAAGCAGCAGGGAAGGGCGGAGGACCUUGAAGAGAUUCUCAACCUACAUCGGGCCGCCCUCGAGCUCCGACCCGAAGGUCAUCCUCUUCGUUCAUCGUCCCUCGAUAACCUUGCAAACUCUCUGAGUACUCGAUUCGAACAGUAUGGAAUGACAGAUGACCUCGAGGAGGCCAUUGGGUUACAACGAGCUGCCCUCGAGCUUCUGCCCAAAGGCCAUCCUGAUCGCUCUAUGACUCUCAACAACCUCGCAAACUCUCUGCUUACUCGAUACAAACAGCAGGGAAGCGCGGAGGACCUCGAGGAAGCCAUUAAUCUGCAUCGGUCCGCCCUCGAGCUCCACUCCGAAUGCCAUCCGAAUCGUUCUACGCCCCUCAGCAAUCUUGCCAGCUCUCUGAGUAUUCGAUUCAAACAGUAUGGAAAGACAGAUGACCUUGAAGAGGCCAUCCAGUUGGGACGAGCCUCCGUUGCGCUUCGACCCGAGGGCCAUCCGGAUCGUACCACGUCACUGGUGAACCUCACGGAUUCCUUACUAACUCGGAUUGAGAAACGAUGGCAAGUGGAAGAAUUCGAGGAAUGUAUACAGUUGCUGGAACUUGCUGCUACCCAUAGCUUCUCAGGAUCAUUGGGUCGCCUAAUUGCUGCACAAGGAUGGGCAGCGCUUGCGCGACCGUACAGCCACAGCACUACCUUCACAGCAUACCAAACGGCAUUAUCAAUACUUCAACACGCCCUCACCGUAAAUCCGACUCUUCGCGCACAGCAUGACUUCCUUCUGAGGAAUAGUGAUCACAGAAUACUCUCCCUGGAUGCUGCUUCCUAUGCAAUAGAGAAGGAUCAAUUGGAACAAGCCGUAGAGAUACUGGAUCAAGGAAGAGGCUUACUUUGGUCACAGCUGCGCGGACUUAGGUCCCCUCUAGAUCAGCUCGCAGAAACGAACGAAGGGCUCGCCAAAAGAUUCAGGACUGUCAGUCGUCGACUGGAGGAUCUUGCAAUAUCCCACGAAGCAUUAGUGCCCGUCUCAACCAUCAAUCGAGGAGAUAGAUCUCAUCGGCUGGAUGGCGAAUUGGGGUGGAGGUCAUUUGAUGAGCUCUUGAAGUUAAAGAGGCAACUUUCGCGCGAGCAAGAAGAUGUCAUUAACGAGAUUCGACGAGUUCAGGGGUUCGAGAAUUUCCUUGAAGCUAUUCCAUUCAAGGUACUGCGACAGGCAUCUUCAGAGGGCCCGGUCAUUGUGGUCAAUCAUUCCGAAUAUCGAUGCGAUGCCCUGAUUAUCCUUUCCACGGAUGACUCACCAGUUGUCUGCGUCUCACUAGAUGAUAAGUUCUUCAAGGAUAGUAUAAACCUGUGCAACGAAUUAUUGGAAGCACGUCGAUCUUCUGGAGCAGCUUCGCAUGAUUAUAACGAAAAGCUUCGUGAAGUUAUGAAGAUGUUAUGGGAUAGGGUUGUUUCCAAAGUCGUCGAGAAGCUUAAGGAGGUUGGAAUCGCAGAAGGGUCUCGCAUCUGGUGGUGUCCGACAUCCGUGUUAUCUGCACUUCCAUUCCAUGCAGCUGGACCGUUCAAGGAUGAAGAUGGGACUACAAAAUACCUGCUGGACGACUAUAUUUCGUCAUACACUCCGACCCUCGCCGCACUCAUUAACGCUCGAUCUAAUGGCAACUCAAUCGAACCGAAAUUGCUUGUUGUUGGGGAUACCAAGACUCUGAAUUCGACUCGACAGGAAAUUCGGAACAUCCGGAACUGCACUGGCGAGAGCAUACUUGAACGUACAAUGCUCCUCGACAACAAGGCAUCUCGGAGCACAGUGAUGGAAAAUCUCCAGAAAGCAACAUGGAUCCACUUCGCUUGCCAUGGUCACUUGGACGCGAAACCUUUCGACUCAUCAUUCAAACUUUCCGACCGUGGACUGACAUUACUCGACAUCAUCCAAGCGAACGUCCCAAAUGCCGAAUUCGCAUUCCUCUCCGCCUGUCAUACUGCCGAGCUAUCUCAUUCCGGUGCACACGAUGAGGCGCUCCAUCUGGCAGCAGCUAUGCAGUUCAGUGGAUUUCGAAGUGUAAUUGGAACAAUGUGGGAACUAUACGAUGAAGACGGGCCUUGUGUUGCAAAAGCGGUAUAUGAACACAUGAACGAAUGUGAGGAUGGCAACGUGAGGUACAAAAUGGCGGCUGCAGGACUUCGGAGAGCAGCUUUGGAGUUGAGGGCGAAGGACUGGAUCCCGACUGAACGAUGGGUUAAUUUCGUGCAUAUAGGUGCUUGA